GCACCUUUUGGAGAGUCGUGUCUUUAUAAUUAAAUACAAACAUUAAGAGCAGCCAACCAAGCGUCUCAUUUUAUCAACAGUUGUUUUAGCUUUACACCUAGCUUAAAUGCUAGCAUGCUGCUGCAGUGCUAGCUAAACAAUCCCACAUUAGCCGUAGCAUCAAGCCUGGAACACUAUGAAGAAAAGCAAAGUCAAAGCAAAUGGAACCGCUGAGAAGGAGUUUGUGUUUAAAUUCAAAGCAGGGAAGAACAACUGUGUCCUCAAAGUGCCCCUUCAGUUUCCUGUCCAGCUGAACAUCAGUGAUCUUCACGGAAGGCUCAUGCUUCUGCAUAAAAUACCCUGCUACAUAAAAGAUGAGCUGAAAGCCUCACUUUCUAACUUCAUAGGGAAGGAGACCACCCUGGAUUGUGACCAGGAAGCAGAGCUGGCCCUGCAGAGGCUCUCCACAGGAGAAGUGGAUGUAAACCAGCUUACCAGUUUCUGGGCCAGAUCUUAUGCAGAGACAACUCUGGAGCAUGCUCGGCCUGAAGAGCCCAGCUGGGACGAGGACUUUGCUGAUGUCUACCACGAGCUGAUCCACUCCCCUGCCUCAGACACCCUCCUCAACCUGGAGCACAACUACUUCGUUAGCAUCUCUGAGCUCAUCAGUGAAAGAGACAUGGAGAUUAAGAAGCUACAAGAAAGGCAAGCAGCAGAAAUGGACAAAGUGAUGCAUGAGCUGGGAAAUACAUUAAGUGACCAUGAUGUAAAUGCAGUAGCAUCUCAACACUUCGAUGCACAGCAGGUCUUGGAGAACAAAUGGGCAAGUGAACUUAAGCAAGUGACGGGCAUUCAAAAGCAGGAAUAUCAAGAGUGGGUCAUCAGAUUGCACCAGGAUCUGCAGAAAUCCCAUAAUAGCAGUAAAAUUAAUGAGGAGAUUAAGGUGCAGCCCAGCCAGCUGUCAGAAGCUGCAGAUUCUGGCACAAGGAUUUUUGAGGAGCAGCCUCUGCUGGAGGAGAGCUUCACCAUACACCUAGGAGCACAGCUGAAGACGAUGCACAACCUGCGCUUGGUCCGGGCCGAUGUUCUGGACUUUUGCAAACACAGACGACACAGCAGCAGCGGAGCAAAGCUGCGGCGACUCCAAACGGCCCUUUCGCUGUACUCUUCCUCGCUCUGCGGACUGGUGCUGCUGGUAGAUAACAGGGUCAACUCCUACAGUGGCAUCAAAAGGGAGUUUGCAACUGUGGCAAAAGAGUGCACAGACUUCCACUUUCUGAGUCUGGAGGAGCAGCUGGAGGAGGUGCAGCAGGUGGUUCUGUACGCCAGGGCCCAGCGGAGCAGCAAGCAGAAAGACCAAUCAGAAAUUCAGAAGAAUGGGGGAGAUGAUAAGAGCAAAACUGUUGAAAGAAAUCCUUCAAAUAUUCUUCCAGGUGAGUUUUACAUCUCAAGACACUCCAACUUAUCAGAGGUUCAUGUUGUCUUCCACCUAUGUGUGGAUGAUAAUCUCCGCUCGGGAAACAUCACAGCCCGGGAUCCAGCCAUCAUGGGAUUGAGAAACAUCCUGAAGGUCUGCUGCACGCAUGACAUCACCACCGUCACCAUCCCUCUGCUGCUGGUCCAUGAUAUGUCCGAGGAGAUGACCAUACCCUGGUGUCUUAAGAGAGCAGAGCUGGUGUUCAAAUGUGUCAAAGGUUUUAUGAUGGAGAUGGCCUCAUGGGAUGGAGGUAUCUCGCGCACGGUUCAGUUUCUGGUGCCAAAGACUAUUUCAGAGGAGAUGUUCUACCAGUUGAGCAACAUGCUGCCCCAAAUAUUCCGCGUCUCCUCAACACUAACACUCACCUCGAAGCACUGAUGUGGAGAUGGGCUGUGCUUUGCAUCCUUAAAGGAAUAGAUCCAUAGUUCUUCUAUGACGUUAUCAGUAAUAGUUUCCAUGCCUGCAGCACAGAGACAUCUUAUUGUUGAGAUUGUAGAAAACGAGAGAAAUCCUCAAAGUAGUUGAAGGCUAACAGCUAUUCAGACAGGCCUCCCUGAUGACUAGUGUCAGCAUGUUAAAACAGCUCAAACUGAACUUAUUGAAAGCCAUGGGAUACACAGUUAAAUUAGUGGAUCUUAAAUGUUUUCACUUUCAUAUGAAAGUUCUUUAUAUAUCAUAAUAUAUUGGGCCAGAAAACCUAAAAAUGUUGAAAGUAUAAAACACAAAUAUAUCCAUAGUUGGUCAUUUUAAAUGUACUUUUCUCUCACAAAAA